AUGUGGUUGCUGUUCACGAGGCCGGACAUCGCGCUGCCUUUGAACAAGCUGCAGAAGAUCGCCCACUCACCCACCGACAGGAUGUGGAACGCGCUUGUGCGGAUCAUGUCUUACCUCAACGAGACGAAGGACCUCGGGAUCACCUACGUCCGCGGAUCAGGGCUAGACCUAGACGUGUUCGUCGAUUCUAGUUACGCCGACAGCACCGUUGACAGGCGUUCGACGACGGGGCUAGCCGUGACUGUAGGUGGGACCGUAGUGUGCGCAUCCACGAAGACACAGCCAGUGACGGCUCAGUCGACCACGGAGGCAGAGUAUAUUGCAGCCGGGGAGGGCGUGAAGGAAGCCUUGUUCGUGCGUGGUGUUCUGUCGUUCAUUGCGCCCGAGACGAGCGGUGCCACGAUCAGGGUCCGUGAGGACAACGAGGGGGCUCUCGCGUUGGUGCAGAACCCUUUCAGCUCGGCGAGGAGCAAGCAUAUCGACGUGCGGUUCCACUUCAUCCGCGAGCUCUUCAAGGCGGGCAAG